AUGAAAUACUUUCCUGUAUUAUUUCUUAUUCUCUCCUUCUUGAUUCCAGUAGUAAAUUGUCAAGAGAACGAUAUCGCCUGGAGAACGUUUCCAUUUCUUUCAAAUUCUCUUCAAUUGACUCCAGAUUUGAAUAAGCAAUGCUUCAAUGAAACUUCCUUGUUUAUUGCUUCACUUCAAGAAGUUGCAAAAAUAACUUCUGACUGUCUAGAAUAUAAAAACUGUACACUGAUUGAGCUGACUUCGGUUCAAGAUUAUGUGUUUGCUAUUCAACAACUCGAUGCAUUUGGAAAGCUCCCACCGGAUAUUCUGGAUAUCAACACAUUCUUCGAAGGCUCCUAUGAUGAAUGCAAUCGAGUCAGCGGAAAGAAAUAUCGGACAUCUUACAGUUAUCUAGUUGCCUACAUGGGACAGAAUAUCUCAUGUGAUUCAAAGUCUCAUGAACAUUUAAUUCCGCGAUUCGCAGUAUGUAUGCCAUCUUCUUGCGAUGAGAAUGAUCUAGUCGAGAUAUUUAAUCAAUUAACAAACUUUCCAUUGACUGCUUGUAAGGCGUUUCGCUCCGAUUUGAAAACUGCGAAAGGUUGGGCGUUCUGGAUGUUUUCACUUUUUCUUGUGUCAAUGAUAUCUAUAGUUGUCUCCUCUACAUUCGUUGAUUAUUUUCGAGAAAAAGAAAUAGGAAUGUCUGCAGUGAAUGAGCAUGCUUACUUCCUCCGGGUUUUCCUUUCGUUUUCGUUAUGGACCAAUUCCGAGUUGAUACUCUCUGUGAGAGAGCAUAAACCUGAUCAAAUUCGUUCUUUGGAUUGUCUUCGUGCUCUUACAGUCCUUUGGAUCGUGUUCGCUCACAUUUAUAAUUUCAAAUUUCCUUAUAAUAACGUUGGAAACUCCUUGGAUUUCCUUCAAGAUCUCUCAGUGUCCCGUCAGUUAAUUCUCAACUCGUAUUUCUCCAUUGACACUUUAUUCGUACUUUCUGGUGUCGUGGAGGCAUACACGUUCUUUUGGAACAAACCGAAACAGACAACAAUUCUGAAACCGAUGACAUGGGUUCACUUUUACUUGAGAAGAUACAUCAGAUCAGCUCCUCCAAUGAUGGCUUUCAUUGGAUUCUUUAUGGUUUAUGCAAAGUCUAUUCAGGGUCCGUUCAUGGCUUCUGAAUUGAAUAUUCUAACUGAAGAGGCUGAAAUAUGCGAAAGAAGCUGGUGGAAGAAUGCGUUAUUCAUCAACAACUUUGCGGGAGACAAUAAUUGCUACCGUAUCACUUGGCUACUUGCAGUUGAUACCCAACUAUUUUUAGUUGCUCCAAUUGUAAUUAUCACUUUGUUUUUUUCAAUGACUGGUGGAGUUAUCUUGAUUGUUGGUGGAUGUUUAUUCAGUGUUUCUGUUGAGUAUCUUCUAUUUGGAAUCUACGAAUUACCAGCUGACUUCACUGGAAAUGGCCAUCACGAACUCUUCCGAUCGGUAGUCUACGAGAUGCCUUGGACGAGAGCUCCUUCUUUUUUAUUAGGAAUGCUUGUCGGAUACUUUCUCGCAAAUUUCACCAAAACCAGACUGAAAUUUCAUUGGAGUGUUCCAGUGGGUGGAUGGGUCGUCGCAUCGGGAAUUGCAGGAUUGUGUCUUUGGGGAAAUUAUUCGUAUGAUUCUGGGAACCAGUGGAGUGUGUAUCAGAGAGCAACUUAUUUCAACUUCUCCAAAAUCGGCUGGACGUUUUUUGUUUCAUGGAUUAUCAUCGCAAAUCAUUAUGGGUGGGGAGGACCAAUCGGUAACUUCAUGUGCCACCCAAUCUGGCAACCAUUUGGAAGACUUUCUUAUUGUGCUUACAUUGUUCAUCGCAUGACAAUGUAUUGGUUUUUCAAUUUAGACGGGAUCAGUCCACAUGCUUAUUCAGCUGUACAAAUGUUUCUGUACUAUGCAGUCCUUGGAACACUGAUAUCUUAUUUCUUCGCUUUCUUCUGGAGCGCAUUCUUCGAAAUUCCAGUGGCCAAAAUAGAGAAAAUAUUUCUGAAACCUAUUUCUGCCUAUCGGAGAGAAUCAAACCCAGCUGUCGAGACAGUUCGAGUACGAAGAGGAGCAAUGUCAUGA